AUGGAUGAGAAUAUGUCGUCUCCACCUAGGCCCGUAACUAAUCCUCGUCUGAGUUCCGUCAGAAACGAAACUGAAGAAUUGGAAUCUUCGGUAUCUUCACCUGCCACUCCUGUAAAUGAAAGCAGCGAAGGAGACGACGUAAUAGAGGGCGACGACGGAGAUGAUGAAGGAGAUGAUGGCGAUGACGGUGACGCAACAGGAGAUGAUGACGAAGCAAGCGUCACUGCUACAAAAACUGCUCCUACUCGUGGUAAACGAAAGCAUCGUGGUGGUGGUUUCUUCAAUGAUGGCGUCAAACGACCUAGAAGUCUACGCACUCCAAACGCUAAAAAGGACGACUUUGAUCUUGAUUGGCCUGUUGAUGCAAAGGGUGAAGAAAAAAUUGAUGCUGAUGGUAUACUUCAAGGAGGUCGACAGUUUCGAGUUCGAUCAUUUACUCUGCCACGUCACCCUUCUCGGCACUACAUACUCACAAUGGAUGUCGCAAAGCUAUUAAACUUUCGUGACUCGUACAUCUUCCACAUGCGAAAUCAAGAUAUGCCUCGUAUAGUCGCAACUGAAAACGAUCAUCAAUGGCUGAAAGAAUACGCUGAACUACCACCUCGACUAAAUAAUCGUAAUGUGUCUCUUCUAACAGCACGAGCUGCCUUCCGUAAAUUCGGCCAUCGCAUCAUCCGACAUGGAAGACCCAUUCGUGACGAUUACUAUGAAGACGGUAGUGGAAUUUUUCAAGGAAAUAUUCCAGCUGUAGCAGAUUCUGAUGAUGAAAUGUAUGGCGGCGCUGGAGGAUUUAUGAGGUCGAAUGGGUUUAUGCGUAGAGAUCAAGGUCCAAAUGCUCCAAAACCGGUAUUUAUUGCUCGACCAAUCACCGGACGUGACCAUCUAGCCACUCGUUGCUCACAAAAUGCCGCUGAAUUCAACUCUCGAUUACGUGCCGCUCGUGGUGCUCCUUUUAUUGAUGCUCAUACCAAUGUAGAACAGGUGCCCGUCAUUACUCAACCUACUCAUGUCGUUGUACAAGUAGAACAGGGCACUUUUGGUCAACCUGGUACAGGUGUCCAAGUAGAAGCUCGGACCACCGUCCCUCAAGACUCACAGCAUGAUUGGAUUCCAUUGCCGUUGACUAGCGAUGCUGACAAGUUUCCACUGGCUCUUACACCUGGGCAAUAUCAUGAAGUAUUCUCCAUAUAUCAAACUCGAUUCAUGCAUGCAAGUUACAUGUUGGAUGAAUAUGAAGAAACUGAUUGGUUUGAUGAUGCAGAAAAGCCCAAGAAUGAGAUCUUCUUUUGUGGUGAUGUGAGUAAAGGACACAAAUUGUGUCAUCGACCUGUUGCUGUAUUUGGAGAAUUAUGUGGAUCUCACAAAGCAAAAGAGACAAUGACUCUAGACAAGGAAGAUGUCUGUAUUCACUGUACUUCUGCAUUGGCCCCAACAUCAAACCGUACACCACGAAUUCCACCAUCAUUCCUGUUGAUUUGCUCUCGGUGUAAAACUCGUCAUCAUCCCGCUUGUAUUGAUAUUGAAAAUCCAGUCAUUGUCGCAAAAGCAAUGAGCUAUGAUUGGAAGUGCAAUAACUGUAAACAAUGCACGGAAUGCGCUGAAGUUGGAGAUGAAGACAAGCUCCUGUUUUGUGAUACUUGUGAUAAGCCUUAUCACACGUAUUGCUGCAAGCCUCCAAUGAAUGAGCUUCCUCAUGGCUCAUGGUAUUGUCAAGAAUGUGCUGUAUGCACCUCAUGUGGUGUUCGCCCUCCUUUACCUGGUCAACGGCUGCCUGAAAUUGAAUGGAGACAUGCUAUAAUUCCAUCACCUCAUCCAGAAAAGACACUCCCAACUUAUGUCUGCACCUAUUGUGCAAAUUGCUUUGCCAAUUAUCUAGCAGACCGAUACUGUCCAUUCUGUAUGCAUGUUUAUGGAGAAGAGUCUGAUGAGAAUGCCAUGGUUUGCUGUGAUUCCUGUGACAGGUGGAUUCAUGUUGGUUGUGAUCCAAACUUGACUCAAGCCAGAUACAAUCGGCUGGCCGCCGAUGAUGCAGCCAAGUUUACAUGUGGUGUAUGUGAAGAGGAUCGCUUGGAUGGUAUUUUGAAAGCCCAAGGCCCACCUGGAAAGCACCGCGCGGUUGUACACGCAGGCAAAAAACUGGUGGCCCCUCCUCUCGUUAUUAGGAAGUAG